AUGGUUGAUGCUGAUACUGAGGCCGACGUUGAUGUUGAUGCCAGUGUCGGUGAUGGAUUCAACGCUGGGCCCGAGCCUGAACUUCGUCCUGUUCCUGUUCCUGUUCCUGUUCCUGGACCUGGACCUCCGGGCGCAUGCGGCUGGGUCAUAUGGAAAAGGGCCAUUUUGCAGGAAUUGAGUGAGCGUCCUGGUUCAAGUAAGUAA